GUGUCUGUCGUUGGGUAUGGCCCUCCAUUCUACUUGUCCAACUCCACCUGCAUGAAUAGCGAUCUCUCCAUAUCUUCAACCAGCAUCUAGUGUUGCCCUUUCCCUGGGACCCCUCCUCAGUGGCUCCAAAGACACACACACACACACACACAAAAACUUAUCAAUAUGGACCCGCCGUCCUCACUUCCCGUGCGGACAUCUGGAAUCCCCCGACCAACCUCAAGGUUGCCUGUCCUGAACAGAUCUUCCACUACCCAGUCGCAACUUCGCCAGCCCACUUCCACGGAGCAGCUUCGCAAGAAGCCUUCUCUGUCUUCCAUUUCAAGACCGACUACCAGUCAAGCCCAACCACCGCUACAGCUACAGAAGAAACCAUCUAGAUCCUCCCUCGCUCGUCCUAAUCCACCCGCUACCGUAACAACCAGUCGAGCGCCUUCAUUCACGCCAGCCUCAUCCACGUCCACCUACCGAGUAUCUUCAACAGCGUCAACUUCCUCAAGACGAGUGUCAUCAAUUGCAACCUCCAAGCGACCGACCCUCGGCAAUGUCCCGGCCCGAUCAGCAAGCACAGCAAGCAGCUCCGGCUUCAGCAAGACUUUCGCUCGGCCCCCGUCACGUCAGACACAAGUGACUCCGAAGCCUCGAGAAUUGGGAGGAAACGGAUCUACAAAUGAUGACGAUGUGUUGGGAGAUCUGGAUGGGUUUCGCUCUGCAUCGAGGGCGUCUUCUCGGGCAGGGUUCCAUGAACAGGAGAACGAGGUCUUCUUGGAGAGCGAUGCAGAGCCAGCCUCUCCUGUUGCGAAUGCCCCUUUGCAGAAGAAAUCACGCCCGUCACUGUCGGAGCGCACAAUCGAGAGCUUGUCCAUGUUACCCCCCUCAUCACCUGCUGCGAGCAAAGGGCGAAGAAGAUCAAGUUUCUUCAAUUCUGAAAAUCCAAUGGGGCCCCCGAGUCGACCUGCGUCUGCACUGGGGGGGAAUAGGCGGCCAGGCACCAGCGACGGUACGCCCAGAGCCGUUCCAGCAACACCAAGGCAAACCGCUAUAGGGGCAUCAAGAGGCUCUAUGACUGCUCCGGGCAAAAGAAGUGUCAGCGCAGCUGCGCCUUCCAACAUGGCUACUCCUAGCAAGGUGCCCGCAGCGUCGAGAAUCUCAACACAAUUCAGAACCAAGACACUCGCUCCCACACAAAACUCGCUGAGCACCCCGAGGCCACGUCCGUUGUCGAACAGCAAGACUAUGACUGCUCGCACUCCCAAAACCCGCCCGUCCCUAGGUGGAAUAUUCGGAGAGGCAGUCUCCCCCCCGGCAUCACUAGCUCCUUCAACACCCUCCACUAGUAGGCAAAGUCUGUUGUCGGUCAAAACACCAGAAACGAGCCGUAGGUUGUCGAAUUCGCCAGUUGCCCUCCGUGAUGAGACCCUAAAAAGCAAGGUCGCACGAAAGAGCGAGGGAACAGCAGCAGUGGCAAAGCCUCCUGAGUCUUCUCGAAAAGCCCAGAGUUCGUCCAGUGCAUUGCGUGAACAGAUUGCCAAAGCCAAAGAAGAAGCACGACGAGCUCAUGUUGCGAAGGAGUUCGGAAAUGGGACACCGCCGCGCGAAGUGCCAGCUGUAACCGAAAAUGACUAUGGAAUCGAGCCUGAUCCUGCAGAAAUCGCGGAGUUCGACUUUGGCCUGGACGACCCGUUCAAUCAGCAUUCAAAGGGCAGUAAGUCAUUGCUUCGAAAGCGAAUAGAUGCUGCGCGGGUCGAGGGCCGCCUGAACAUCGCUGCGUUAGGUCUGAACGAGAUACCAGACGAAGUAUUGGGCAUGUACAAAUACGACCCAAAUGAUAAUAGCGUAGCUUGGGGAGAGGUGGUUGAUGUCACCACCAUCAUUGCAGCCGACAACGCCCUAGAGUCACUACCACAAGACAUGUUUCCGGAUGUCGACUUCAAUGCCUUAGAUGAUUCGGACGAAGCUAGCCCUCAAUUUGGGGGUGUACAGUCACUAGAUCUUCAUGGCAAUGUUCUGUUACAACUACCAUCUGGUCUAGGCCGCCUGACCUACCUGUCAAAGCUUAAUCUGUCGAGGAACAAGCUGCCAAAUGAAGCCAUGGACGUCAUUUCUCAAAUCUCAUCCCUGCGUGAGCUUAAGCUUGCCGACAAUGAGAUGGAGGGUCAGCUCUUGCCCAGCCUGGGAAAUUUGAGGCUGCUCGAAACUUUGGAGUUGCAGGAAAAUAAGCUAACAGCCCUACCUGAAGAGUUGCGUGAGCUUGAAAAUCUUCGGAGCCUCAACGUCUCCCAAAAUCGUUUGAAAAGCUUACCAGCAGACUUAUUCACAUCAGUCCCAAUUGUAGAGCUUUUAGCUUCCAAAAAUGCCUUCAGUGGACAUUUCUUUAAUGUGGAGUCUGUCCCACAUUUGCAAUCCCUUCGAUUAUCGAAUAAUGCCUUGACUUCGCUAUGCGAAUCCGGAACUGUUUUACUUCCCGCGCUGAAGCACUUGGACGUUUCGACCAAUAGACUAUCAUCACUUCCUGACAUGUCGUCAUGGUCAGAGCUGACGACUUUGUUGAUGAGCGAGAAUAAAGUGACGGCCAUACCCACAGGUUUCACAUCUUUACAGCAGUUACGCAAUGCCGAUUUCACGGGCAAUGAUAUCACCAAAUUAGAUGAGAAGAUUGCGCUUAUGAGCGGGUUGGAAAACCUGACACUAUCGGCGAACCCUCUUCGCGAGAGAAAGUUCCUCACGAUGAGUGCGGAGGAUAUCAAACGAGAUCUUCUUUCUCGGAUUGAGCCAAGCACAGAUGAUGCUGAGAUCCUGAAUGGUGCUCUCGAAUCAGAAGCUGAGGAUGCGAAUGAGAACGACUGGCAAUUGACCCCGUCAGGAACUCUAGAUCUUUCAGCCAAAUGCAUGACAGAAAUCGAUGAAGAGGCAGUUCUAAGUUUUGCGGAGACGAAUGCGAUCCGUCAGCUUUAUCUCCAGCAGAAUCAAUUGACGACAAUGCCUAAUGUCCUUUCUCAAUUGACCCAUCUCACUCUUCUAGACCUAUCGAAGAACAAUAUUGUCGAUCCAUGUAGCUCACCUAUUAGUUUACCGAAACUACGAGAACUGAGAUUUGGUGGGAACAGACUGAAGUCUCUAGACGGCUUGCUAGAAAUGGUAACCACACCGGCUCUUCAGAACCUUGAUGUCUCCAACAAUCAGAUUGCCGGGCCUCUACCUACACUUCGCUCGACAUUUCCUGAGUUGUUGGUGUUCAUGGCCUCCGACAAUGCGAUCACCGAUGUAUCCGCGGAGUCACUGGAAGGGCUGAAGAUCGUCAAUCUGAGCAACAAUUCGAUGCCCCGCCUGGAGCCAAGGAUUGGCCUACUUGCUGGUACACUCACCAGCUUGGACGUCGAAGGCAACACUUUCCGAGUUCCGAACUAUGCUGUCCUCAAAAAGGGUACGGAUGCUGUGCUGGCCUGGUUGAGGGACAAGGUUCCCUCUCCGACUGACGAGUUCUUUGGUGGCUCCGCUGAGACCAGUUUUUAAACUUGUUUUAAUCGUCUUCGAUUCUUUGUACACUUCUUUUUCUACCCUGCACCUCCAGAGCCGGCUACAACAG